UCUAGUGGUGGUCUGAGCCGCUGAUAAGGAUUUGCGGGCUAUCUGACUUCAGUCUAGAUGAAGGAUGAGCUUCUCAGACAUAGACGUUGUCCAUCCUGCUGAUGCUCCCUCUUCUCAUCGUAAACUCUUGUGCACCCUCUGGUGCUUGCUAGUCUCCCAAACUUCUUUGUGUAGCCUGCUUUGCAGAUUGUCUUCCUUGUCUGUGUGGUUGCUCAUUAUUCAGAGACAGACGGAUCUCAGGUCAUCUGCAGCUGCAGCAAAGGAGAAGCAGGAAAGAUGGCGAUCAUCCAUUAGACCGACCGGGCGCACGCAUGAAAUACGAGGACAACUUUUGGGAGGAUCGCUUGAGGAGAAGAUUGUACCAACACAGUAAACCAGCCCUGUCAGCCUCGAGCUGCCUGUGGUGGAAAAAAAUCCUGAAUUCUUUGGAGACGCCCGUUCCUUGGGCAGUGUGGUGCCACCGGACAAGGCCUUCAUUGAGCAGGAACAGGAGUGGUCUUGUAGAAGGGAUCCUCACUGGCUCUGCCUACGAAGCAACAGAGCUGUCCAAGGACGAUUAAAUAUUUAAGAGCAUGGAAAGGAGGUCUCAGUGGUUUCCCUGAUUUUCCAGGGAGUGCUCGCUCUUUUCAGUAAUGGAGGUGUUGCAGUGUGAUGGCUGUGACUUUCGUGCCGAGUCAUAUGAUGACUUGAAGACCCACAUUCAGGAAGUGCACACCGUUUUCUUGCAGCCUGCAGAUGCAGAUGAGUCUGACUCUCUGAAAGAUGAGGAUGAAGAUGAGGAGGAAGAGGAGGAAUUUGAGGACAAGGAUGACAAGGAUUAUACGCCUCCUAAAGCUGGAAUGAGCCCCAUCUCUACAGACGAUUCCAACCAAACACAACAAAAGCAGACAGCUGAAACCCACCUGCCGUUUUAUCAGUGCAAGUUCUGUGUUCGUUACUUCAGAUCAAAGUCAUUCUUAAAAAAUCACACCAAAAAAGUGCAUAAUGUUGUAGAGGACGAUUCGGAUGCAAAUAUCUCCUCCCAGACAGCUAAGCAGUCCAGCUACACCGUUGUAAUGCACAAUGACCAUUCAAAGGUGUAUUCUUGUCAGUAUUGCACAUACCAGUCUCCACGCAAAGCAAGGAUAAUGAAACACCAACUAAUGUAUCAUAGCAAGGUUCCAUCUGAGAGCCCUGGAGAUCCUUCAGAAUACGCAGAAACCGGAGAGGAAUCGGACUCAGCCAGUGUACUCAUGAAGGGAACAUUUGCCUGCGAAUGGUGUGACUAUCAGACUGACCAGAAGGGCAGCUGGACUAAUCAUGUGGUGAAGGAACACAGUGACAAGGUCAAGAUAGUUUCCUCCAUUGCAGAGCUGGAAGGGGAGUCAAGUGUAAGCUCACCCAAACAGGAUUCACCCUCCGCUUCCCGAAGCCCGACUAGAUUAAAGAUGAAUAUAACUGACGUUUGUGAAAAGGAAGAGCCGGUAGGAAAAACAGCAGAAAACAUGUCAGAUAAGACAGUCCCAGAUAUCUCUACCUUUCAAUAUGCACAUAUUCGUGCAGUAACACCCAACAGCACAGGUUCCUCCAUUUUGUCCAAGAGGUUUGCUUCAGCUGACAUUUCCAACAGCGUCAUAGGGAUGGAUGCCAACUUAUUUAAUGAGGAGGACUCGCGUAGCAGCUUAGAGGACAAUGAUGAGGAAGAGUUGGGCGACAUAGAUGAUCCUAGCUAUACUGGGACCCUGUCAGCAGAUGCAAAGCAGCUUUUAACUGACGAGGACAAUAAAUUACUGGAGACUAAAGGAAUACCAUUUAGAAAGUAUAUGAACCGUUUUCAGUGCCCCUUCUGCUCCUUCCUAACCAUGCACAGGCGGAGCAUCUCCCGCCACAUUGAAAACAUUCACCUUUCUGGUAAAACCACAGUGUAUAAAUGUGAUGAAUGCCCAUUUAUUUGCACCAGCCCUCUUAAACUAGGCACACACAAACAGAGCCACGUAUCCUCAGAUUUAGACACCAUGGACUUAACAAGUGAUAGUCCAGAUCCUCACAGUGACAGUGCUACAGAGCCAGUUAACGGGGGUAAUGUAAGCUCCAAAGUCAAUGGAAAAAAGAUAACCAGCACACCGAACGACCAGCAGAACCGUCAUCGCUGCACGCUCUGCAGCUUCUCUACCACCACUCUGAAAGGUCUGAGGGUUCACCAGCAGCACAAGCAUUCCUACUGUGAUGACCUAGAUCCCACUGUCUUUGAAAGCCAGCUGACUGACCAGCCCGACUCUGAAAUAGAUGCCUCUCCAAUCUUUCUACAAAAAACCCAGACCUCCAUUUUAGGACUUGCCACCAAAAAGCCCUUAGUAACAGGCAAAAGAGCCAGGAAGUCCAUUAAUGACUUGCCUUUGGAUUUGUCCUCGGUUAAGAAGAGAACUAGAAUUGAUGAAAUUGCCAGUAACCUUCAAAGUAAGAUAAGCCAAAGCCAACAGGACAUGAUCAUAAACCUAGAUGACAUGGAUGAUGAAGAUGCAGGUUCUGAUAAAGAGGGUAGAAACCAUGACAAUAAAAACCCUGUCUUCAAUAAUAACACACAACAGCUUUAUGCAAAGGAAUUAAUGAUCUCUCACGAGGGAGGCAGAAUAGGGAAAAGAAAAAGCAACCCUAAGUCAAAACCUAGAAACCUUCCUAUAUCACUGACUCUCUCAGAUGAUAGUGAAAACAUCUCUGCUGAACCCAGCGACAGUGCUAUUCAAGAGAACGCUGAUUAUUCAGAGGAAGCGGGAACUACACGUUUCUACUGUAAACACUGUGAUUACCACAACAAAUCAGCUCGCAGCGUCAGCACCCAUUACCAGAGGAUGCAUCCUUACAUCAAGUUCAGCUUUAAGUACAUCCUGGACCCCGAAGACCAGAGCGCGGUCUUCCGCUGCUUAGAGUGCUACAUCGAAUACACAAAUUACAAUGAUCUGCACCAACACUACAUGGAUCACCACCCUGAAGCAAGCAAUGUGCUAAACUUUAACCAACCAAAUCUGGUAUACAUGUGCCGCUUUUGUUCGUACACAAGCCCCAAUGUCAGAAGCCUAAUGCCCCAUUACCAAAGAAUGCACCCUACAGUAAAAAUCAACAACGCUAUGAUCUUCUCCAGCUAUGUAGUGGAGCAGUCCCAUAAAACGGGUGAAUCGCAAACCCUGAGGGAAAUAUUAAAUUCUGGCCCCAAGAAUUUGAACUCAGCCACAUCAACCCCCAGGUCAUCCUCGAGCCCAGUGCUGAAAACGGUCUCUAAGACCCCUGAAGCCAGUGCUGAGACAGACCCUCUCAAAGACUCAGUGGGUGGCAAUGUUGUCGUCUAUGAUUGUGAUGUGUGUUCUUUUGCUAGCCCCAACAUGCACUCUGUUUUGGUCCACUAUCAGAAGAAACACCCAGAGCAAAAGGCGUCUUAUUUCCGUAUACAGAAAACCAUGAAGGUAAUCUCAGUGGAUCAAUCGCAGUCUGUUGCAAACUCUUCAUAUAAUCUCAACAUGGCUACACCUCCAAAACAACCAAGCGCAGCGUUGUAUGGAUCAGAUGAAGAAAUGUACUACUGUAAACAUUGCGUGUACAGCAACAGAUCUGUUGUUGGUGUGUUGGUCCAUUAUCAAAAGAGACACCCAGAAGUAAAAGUGACCGCUAAAUACAUCAAACAUGGCGCUCCCACCCCCGGUUUGAUGAAAUUAAUGGAGGAAUUGCAAAUUGCGGCUCCCAAACAGUUUAUGAAGCAAUUUCAAAAUAACGGUCAUGAUGGAUCUAACAACACAAGCCCUAAACCAGGAAGUGGUGAGAAAGGUGAGGACGAGCUAUUCUUUUGUCAGCAAUGUGAUUAUGGCAACCGCACUGUAAAAGGAGUGCUUAUUCAUUACCAGAAGAAGCAUAGGGAAACCAAGGCCAAUGCUGACCUUGUGCGUCGUCACACUGCAGUUGUCCGUAGUCAGCGCGAGCGUGCACAGAUGGUUCAGUCAAGCAGUGUCUCUUCAGCCUUGAUCCCAGCCCCCCCAGACCCUGAAAACACUACGCCCCUGCGCUCCCUGAAAUGCAGACACUGUUCCUACACAUCCCCCUAUAUCUAUGCCCUAAAGAAACAUCUGAAGAAAGAGCACCCCACUGUGAAAGCCACAGCUAUGACCAUUUUACACUGGGCUUACCAAGAUGGCAUUCUAGAAGCUGGCUACCACUGUGAGUGGUGCAUUUACUCCCACGCUGAACCCCAAGGCCUGCUGCUCCAUUACCAAAGACGCCAUCCAGAGCACAAUGUUGAUUACACAUACAUGGCCAGCAAGCUAUGGGCUGGUCCGGAGACCACUCAACAAGGGAGCAAUAUGGAAACUAAACAUUACAAAUGUAGAGACUGUGCCUUUGAGGCCUGUACAAUAUGGGACAUCACUAGUCACUAUCAGGCAGUCCACCCUUGGGCCAUCAAAGAGGAUGAAUCUGUGCUUUUGGAUAUUAUUAAAGGAAAUGGCUCAGCUGAAAAGAUCCACCAGCAGGUUGUCAAAGAACAUGCGUCUUUUGAUUGCCAGCCUGUUGAAGAUGAUGGACCACUGGUCAUUGUCACUACACCUCAAGAAAGCAAUCCCCCUCCUCCCCACCCACGCCUUUCCAUAUCUAACAAUCCUUAUCAGUGCACUGUAUGUCUGUCAGAGUACAACAGUCUCCAUGGCCUCCUCACUCACUAUGGAAAGAAGCACCCAGGUAUGAAAGUAAAAGCUGCAGAUUUUGCACAGGAGGCAGACAUCAACCCCAGUUCUGUGUAUAAAUGUCGUCACUGUCCCUAUGUAAACUCCCGAAUCCACGGUGUCCUAACUCACUAUCAGAAGAGACACCCAUUAGUGAAAGUCACUGCAGAAGACUUUGCUGAUGAUAUAGAGCAAAUCCCCGACCUAAAUGAAGGAGACGACAAGUGCAAAACUCAAAGGCAAGGCUAUGGCGCAUACAGAUGCAAAAUGUGCCCUUACACGCAUGGGACACUGGAGAAACUCAAAAUCCAUUAUGAGAAAUAUCACAAUCAGUCGGCUUCUGAAAUGUUCUCUUCCUCUGUGACAUAUUUCUCUACUGGUAGAGAAACAGAGCCAGUAGCUGAAUGCAGUGCUGGUAAUAUAUCAAGUGCAGCAAAGGUCCAGGAGGUCAGUGAAUUGGACCUUGCCCACUCAGAGUUACCCAUCAAUAAGACCGAGAAACAUGCUAUAUUCAAGUGUCAGCUUUGCAAAUACUUUUGCUCCACCAGGAAAGGCAUCGCUCGUCACUACCGUAUCAAGCACAACAACGUCCGUGCUCAGCCAGAGGGUAAAAACAAUGUCUUCAAAUGUGCUCUGUGUUCUUACACAAACCCUAUACGCAAAGGUCUGGCAGCACACUACCAGAAGCGGCAUGAUAUUGAUGCCUAUUAUACCCAUUGUCUGGCUGCUUCCAAAACUAUGGCCGAAAAGCCUAACAAAGUAAUUGCACCCCCGCCGUCAGAAGGGGACAAUUCAGAAAUGAGUGAAGAGUUGCGUUUGGCUGUGGAGAGACGAAGGUGUUCUCUUUGCGCAUUCCAGGCCUUCAGCAGGAAGAGCAUUGUCUCACACUACAUUAAACGCCACCCCGGUGUCUUCCCCAAGAAGCAGCAUGCUAGCAAGCUUGGCCGCUACUUUACUGUUAUCUAUGCCAAAGAACCUGAGAAGAUUGCUGUCAGUUCAAUAGCAGAGGAUGACAAGGAGGUGCUGGAGGUUCAGCUAGAAACCGAGCAGGACGGAGAGGUUGAAUGGCUGCCUUACAAGUGUCUAAAAUGCUUCCGCUUGUCCUUCAGCACAGGCGAACUGCUUUCUAUGCACUACAAUGACCACCACAGCAAUGACUUGAAGAGGGACUUUGUGGUAUCGCCCGAUCACAGUGAUGAGGACUCUGAGUUGUACCAGUGUUCUCACUGUGAGCUGAAGUUUCUGGCUCUCCCAAUUCUGGCCACACAUCUAUUGAAUCACAAUGAGGAGUUUCAGAAGAGGGCCAUGAGGCUGGAGAGGAGGAGGCAGCUGCUCAGCAAACAGAAAGCCGCAGAACUUCCCGAGACCAAACCUGAGAAGGAAAACCCUGCAAAUAAAGCUCCCAUAGGAUUCAGGUGUAACUUCUGCAUAGAGAUGCACCCCACCCUCCGAGCCAUCUGCAACCACCUUCGGAAGCACGUCCAGUAUGGAGAGGUCAAAGAGGGACAUGUCAAGCAGGAAGUCAGCGAGGUCCCCCUGACCCUGCCUUCAGACAGCCUGACUAACGGCGUUCUUGAGGGGGAUGAAGCAGCUGAAUCUGAAGCCGAUGGCAUUGAGAGACCCGCGGCUGCGAUGGUCGGUCAAUCCUUGGUUUCCACAGCAUCUGGUGGUGUUGCUGUUGCUGCUGAGCCACUGGAAGCAAAAACUGAUGCUAUUGAAGGAAGGGCAGCAGCCCUCGUGGCUGCAGCGAGGGCCGUGGUGUCAGAGGGCGAACUGAAGCAGCGAUUAGCAGCAGGGGGUCACCCAUGUGCCCAAUGUGACAGAGUCUUUAUGUCCAUGCAAGGACUGAGGUCCCAUGAAAGGAGCCACUCAGCCAUGGCGCUGUUCAGCAGAGAAGACAAAUACAGCUGCCAGUACUGCCAGUUCGUCUCACCGUUCAGACACAAUCUGGACAGACAUGUGCAGUCUCACCACGGACAUCACAAGCCCUUCAAGUGCAAACUCUGCCCCUUUAAAUCUGCCUAUGUGAGUCGCUUGAAGAGCCACCUGCAUAAGGCACACACAGGUGAGCAGUAUACAUACAAGUGCUUGUCGUGCCCCUUCUCCUCUAUGACCAUCAGUCAGCUGAAGGAGCACUCUCUGAGAGACCAUGGUGAGGCCCUGACCCUUCCCAAACUCCGGGCUGCUACCCAGGCUGCUCAUGGCGCCCUAAGGCCCUCACGUCUGGCCAGUAACACAGACCAGACUCCCUUGGCCCCGGAUGAUCUAUCAUACCUAGAGGAGCCAGCGGAUGUUCGUCAGCAGCUUAGUCAUUACCAGCUAGCCUCCCGCAGUCAAAUGUCUUCUGGCUCAACACCAGGUGGCUCAACAGUGGUUGAUAAUCGACCAGACAGCAUCCUCACUUGUGAGUUCUGUGAGUUCAGCUCUGGAUACAUGCAGAGCCUGCGUCGGCACUACAGGGACCGCCACGGUGGCAAGAAGCUCUUCAAGUGCAAAGACUGUUCCUUUUUCACCUGCUACAAGAAUACCUUCACCAUGCAUGUGGAGGCCGGUCACAACAAUAACAACAACAACAACAACGUCAUCGACAACGCACCUGACCACUUCUCUAAAGACCUGCGCUGCCCUCUCUGCCUCUACCACACAAAACACAAGAGCAAUAUGAUUGACCACAUUGUCCUACACAGAGAGGAGCGCGUGGCUCCGUUGGAGGUCAGCCGCUCCAAGCUGUCGCGCCACCUGCAGGGCCUCAUAUUCCGUUGCCACAAAUGCACCUUCACAUGCUCCAGUGACCGGGCCCUGCAGCUGCACCUGCAGAAGCAUGCUGAGAUCAAACCCUACCAGUGCCAGCUCUGUUAUUACGACAGCAGUCAAAGGAGCCAGCUAGAAGAGCAUCUGCGCCUUGAGCACAAGGUUGUUCGGAACUUUGAGCUCAUGGGCCGCGUCAACCUGGACCAGCUGGAGAUGAUAAAGGGACAAGGGAGCAGCGCAGAAGAGGAAGACGAAAGAGAAAUCCUGCAGAUGGUUGAAGAUGGGAAAGAAGUUCCAGAGGAGGAGGAUGAAGAAACUGAAAUGGAGAUUGUGGGGAAGAUAGUGGAGGAACAGAGAGAGAUGGAUGAUGAAGAGAUAGAAGACAACAUCAAAGAGGAAGAGGAGGAGGAAGUUAAAGAGGAAGUCAGAGAGGUGGAGGAGGAGAAGCCUGGUCUACAAGAGGUCUUUGCAUCUCCCACCAGCAGCAGCAGCAGCACUGCACCGAGCAGCGCAGAGAAGCGUCUUCCCUGUGAGUUCUGUGGCCGCUGCUUCACCAACAGCCUUGAGUGGGAACGUCAUGUCCUUCGGCAUGGAAUGAUGGUAAAUAACAGUCAAAUGGACGUCAGCACCACCUCUGCAACAGAGGCCUCGGCUUCAUCUUCCUCUGGCUCCGCCUCAGCCUUGAUGGACACAGGAUUGGUCCUGUCCAGCAACGAGGAAGGGAACCCAGCUGAUCUGUCACUGAGAGGUCCAAGCCAGUAUGUGGAAGACAAAGAAAUGCUCAGCACCAAAAAUGAUCAACAGUUUGGUUGAACUGAUUGCAGCCUCUUGUGCUAGAAACUGAUAACAUUGGGUAGGAUCAACACUGAGUUGGAUCUUUAAAUAGGAAUUCAAAGGAAACAAAAAGAUUGAAACUGAAAAAAAGUGACUUCUUUUGAGUUGGCGCAUUACUAGAUUUUAGGUGUUACAUAUUUAAGUAUUAGAUUGUGCUGCAUAAAACGGCUGAGCUCUUUAAAUGGGCAGUCCCCUAGGACAGAUCUUAAUAUAUUGGUAACCAAUAGUGAACAGAACUCUUUAUUGCUGACAUUUUGGUCAAAUCUACAGUGAAAGAUCCCACCUAGAUCAAAAACUAAGCUAUUUAUAAAGAAUGUUGUCCCAAAUAAUUAACUAAAUUUAGUGUUUUAUUAUUUGAAGCACCUUUUACACUCCCCCAAAACAGGGGUACUUUAAAUUUACAAGAUAAAUAAACAAGAUAUGAAAGCAUUUAAUCCAUGGCCCACUGUAGAGCUACCUUUUCCAUCUUAUCCUUGGUUAAUUGUGUAGAAGUGUUCCUUGAGAAAGAAUCACACCUUAUUUAUUUUAGUAAAACCACAAAUCACGUGUUCUUCAUUUGUAGAAAUACUGACAAUUUCCCCCAAUGUUUGUAGCAAAUUGCUAUAUUUUAGGUCCCUUAAUAUUAUACUACGUAUAAGCCUUCAGCCUGUGGCACCCUUUGCAUUUUGACUGUACUGUCUAGAUAUUUCACUGAUGAAAUCAUAAAAAUAAUGGAAUUAGUUUAAGUCUCCCAUCCCCAUAAGAUAACAUGGUGUUUGUAGUCCAGGUUAAACAAUAUCACAGUUGACUUAUGCACUCAACAGAUCAAUAUAACAACAGAGAUAUGUUUAAUGUGUCACGACUGUAUCCAUUUGACAUAGGUAUCUAUUAAUCUGCUCAUAGCAAAGGUUAGCCUGGAACAUAUAACUACAGGUUUUUAAAACAGUGAUGUGAGAUUUGUCAUUGUGAUCAAUAGACAGAGAUUACACUUGUCUUUUCAGUGCAAAAUUGACAAAUAAUUACUAGAAUCCAGCUCUGCACAUACUGUAUGUGCAUCCACAAAUAACAAUUCAAUGCAAAAUUUGGACAAAGCUGACAACCACGGCUGAGUGUUAAAGCCAUUGUGCUAGUGCCUUAAAAUGCAGUUCCUCUAAUAGCCACUAUAUGGCUUUAAUUGCUUUAAACGCACAAUAUAUAAUUAUUUUGCCACAAGAGGGCGCUUAAUCAAGAGAUGGCGUUUGUAGUGACAUCAUGAAGUAGCUUGGGGGUGGGAUCUGGGCAGUUAUCUUCACCACACAUCAUUGCAGUCAGCUUCUCUCGGUUAGGAUUUCUUCACUGUUCAUUAGGUUUUGACCAGGAGCCAAAUUAUCCAAAUAAGUAUCCUGCUUUUCAAAACAACGGAGCAGAUGAUUAAAACCAGUAAAAACACUGAAUAACGCAGUUUCACAUUGAAAAUCAGUGUUUCUCUAAAGGUGUUUGGCGGACAAAGGAUGUCUCAGAGGGGCUAUGAGCCGACCUGCUGCUAACGUUUGAUCAGCCAGUCUGAUGACUUAAAUCUUUCAUCCAGUUAAGAUAUAUAGUAAAAAAAAAAAAAAAGACCUAAAAAGUAGUUCAAAUGUGGCUUAAAACUUGAUGAAAAUUAUUUUAUGAGAUCUUUUGGCAGACAACCACAACACUUUGCAAAUGUAACCUUGAUUAAAAUUACAGAUUUCUCCGGGUUUGGAAAUUGUUGGAAACAUUUAGGAUAAUGUAAGUACACAACUCAAAAAAAUCUAUAACAUAGGUCUGAAGGUUGGAAAAGUUUAAUAUUAUACCUUAAAUAAAGGUCAGCUGGUUUGAAGUAACCAGGAAACCAAGUGUUUUCCCACAAGAAUUCUCAAAAUCUAAUUCCACUUGUUCUGGGUGUCUUAGUGGCAAUUUUCACAGUCAUUGUUUAAGUAAAAUCAGAUUAGAUGAAAUUAGAUUUCAGUUUGAUUUUAUUGUAAUUGCAGCAAUUGAGUUGCGUACCAGUACAAAGAGAUGUGGUGUAGUGGUAUUUAGCCAUGCCGAUAGCUUUGGUUAGGGGGAUUUCUGUCGGUCCAAUGGAAGAGGAUGGAACUGAAUUAGUUGUACUCACAGCAUUAAAGAAAAAGCAGUAUUCAAUGGAAUUACUAUAUACUAAAUUAAUAGUCUUAGAAAACUGUUAACUGAUAAUGUGUUCUGAGUGUACUACUAAAUUAUCUGCAGUGAAAGUAAUAUAAAUGCUGCAGAGUUUUCUUAGUUUUUUUCUUAUGCUGUUAGCAUCACAAAUGCAAAAGCAAUUUUUGCUUGAUUGACAGAUGUCUCUGCCUUUUACAGUCAGCCCUGGUGAUUACCUCAACUCCAUCCAGGUCCCUCCACAUUGCCCAUAUUCAGAUUGUUAGGUUCCAAAUGACGGACAGGCUGACAUUAAGCAUUAAACUCAAAUCUUGGCUUCAAGACAUGCCUUUAGAAACGUAUGGCGAAUGCCAUAGACAUGUUUUCUACAGUCUGUGGUCCAAUUGUGACGCAACAUACACUGAAAAGACAAGUGUAACCAAGUCGAAAAGCCCUAAAACCAAUCAUUUCCACAUCUAUAGAGUUUAUUUGUCACUUGGACUAUAUGUUGACACUGUUAACACUGACUUUGUAAAGGUGUCAAAUCGCCCCACUAAAACCCCUUUAAAUUAUUUAUUGGCACAACUCUCAUAGCCUGCAUAUGUGUGCUUCUUUUUAGACAAAGAUAUCAUAUUAUUGUUAUUACUGACAAAAGGCAGAGAUUGUAUAUGUUGGAAGUUGCUGCUUGAAUGCCCUAAAGCCUUAUAAGAUAAUGAAUAGCAAUUAUUAAGACACAUUUAUAUUAAAUUCCAAUAAGACCAAUAAGCAACGUUAAACAAUCGGAAAUAAAGUGGCUGAUAACUUCAAUGUCAAUUCGUAAAGGAGCACAAUUAAUGUAUUGUGUUCUUGGUACCAAAACAUUUACCAAGCCCGCUGUGUUGCUGCUGUGAUUGUCUUUCCUGAACAUUAAACAUUGAUGGAAAUAGGAAAUUUGGGUUUGGAACCCAGGCGAACCACAUGUUUGCAGCCAUGUAUAGAAAACAAAAUUACUUGUUAAGUGUUUGAACCGUGAUGUUUCAGAAAGGAUAAUUUAACCCUUUUUUCCUUUAAGUGUUCUCAUUUAAAAAGAAAAAAAAAGAAAAAGAAAUCUAAAGAUGAUAGCUAACCCUUAAAGGCUUUUUGAGUCCCCAAUUCAACAUUAUUACGCUGUUGUACAAUGUCUGGUUACAAUGAAAAAUAUCUCCUUUUUGUACUGUAAUGGGAAUGAGCAGAAGAGCAGUGUGGUUGUACAAUAUUUAAACUCGUGGAGGAAAAUUAUGCAGUUCUCUACUAAUUUGUGGCCAUGGCUUUUAUUGUGAAGUAGAAGAA